AUAUGCAAAUUCAAACCUUACCAUACUGCUAAGCAAUAUUGUGCAGCACCUGACAUGUAUCUUGCAGUGUUCUUAUAUAAUUCUUGGUGUUACAGGUGUUGCUGCAUCGCUGGAGUCGAGAUGGUGAAGCAGGAUGGCCGGACCUUGCACUCUCGGGACUCUCUCAGCAGCAGCGGCACUCUGGGUCCUUGGCACUUUAUCCAGCCUUCGAGUUACGAACGGAGCUCAGAGCCUCUUCCUGACGACCAGUGCCCAGUCGUUCUCCGUGGCGACUGGUGCACAACUGCUCAAUGUGACCGGUGUACAGUCCCACUCUGUGGCAACGCCAGCAGCAUCGUUCCAGCCAACAACCAGUGCGGGAAAUGCUUCCCAGAUAACCAACGUACCCCAUGUUUCAGAAGUGGUCCCUGUCGGGGUCUCUACGAUGGAGGCCCUGCACAAUGUCUCUAUAAUGCCCAAUGUACGCAAUGUCUCUACAAUUGUCACUUUAAACAACGCCGUUACAAUAGCCUCUACGUACAAAGAUGUUACUCGCGGGAAUCAUCUGACACUUCCAUCUUUCCUGGCAACAGAUACUCAUUCAAUAGAGAAAGAAAGGCAGUCACAGUCACCUCCUUCAGAUCCUGACACUCGAAGCAAGCUGAGGAUGACAGGAAAAGUGCAUCUCGAGCCAUCCCACAAAGUCUAUAAAGAUCAUGCCUCGACUUCGAUAGAGGGAUUUCGAAAGUCUUAUUUUCUGCCUAGGGCAUUGCCUUCUGAGACUUUGAGGUCUGCUGGGAGGAAGACUAGACGGAAACCUCUUCAUGCAGAAGUAGAACCCAAGAUGCUUAUCACGACAGAUGAUGAAACUUCAAAUAGGAAAUACCCAGAAAAAAAAGUUCCAAUACCCAGGGAUUAUGAGCCUUCAUUAGGAUCAGCAUUAGUGACACGACCAUCUUCGCAUGUUUACUUGUCACUGCCGGAUGUGACGAAGUCAGUGGUUCGUCGAGAAACUGUUGGAAAUGUGGCUACAGACUCUCCCCUCCACCACAGGACUCGUCACAGCCACUCUGGAUUGCCCGCUUGGCUCAGAGAACGCCUGGAUGAGACGCCAUCAGGGAGACGGAAAAUUUUCAAGGCAAACCAGAUUGAAGAGGAAAUUGCAGAGGUGUUCAGGGAUGUGGCGUACAGAAGCUCAUCAUCCAAGGCCUACCCACCAGCCAGACGGCAAGAUGUAAUGCCAUUUUUCAUCACUCCGGGUAGCAACAGAAUUGAAAGAACGACAGUCCUCAGCAAGAGUCCACACUAUGACUAUGUAGCUGAUGGUGGUAAUGGUGACUUACUCUCUGGGAGAAGGAAUAUGUCAGUUGCUGUAUUAUCUCCAAAUACUUCAGUCCCAAUAAGAAACGAGUCUAAACGUCCACACCUUGGGCCAGGAAGGGAUGGUCGUCCACGUAGCAAUUCAGCGGGUAGGAGUGAUCAAAAAGAGAAUCCUUCAGUCCUAGAGAGAAUGCUUGAGCUUCAGGAAUAUGAUCACGAGCUAUAUGACUUGUAUGAAGGACAUUAUACAGACAUUCCUGAAAUCGAAGGUAAAUCAGAGAUAACCAGAAGAGGCAAUUCCGUGGGCAGUGGUACCGUGGGACAGGAGCUGCCCGCUGACCAGGAGAUUGAAAAAUCUAACGAGUCAAAGAACGAGACACAAACCACACAGGAGAAGGCCAGGCAAUCAGGAACUGAAUAUAAACACACGCCUCGAUUGUCUUGGUUUGAUGCUUUGCUGUGUAGCAACAGAAACCUUGCAUGGAUACUCGUCAACUUUACUCUGGGGCUCAUCCUGCUCGGCCUGAGCCUCUUAGCUGCGUACCGGCUCAUGGCACUCAAGUCCUGCACUCACUUGCUUCCUCGCACACACUUCGUCAUCAUUCAUUUGCUUGUCUUUAUUGCAGCAUUCCUUAAGGCACUAUACUUGUUCCACCUUGCUUAUGGAAGCAAGGAAAAAUUGCCUCUCGUCCUUGUACUCCUGUUAACCAAUACUGGAUUUCCUUGUUUCACUUCAUCAUUUUUAAUUAUAAUGAUAAUGAUGUUUCUGACUGCAGAUGUACAAGUUUACAAACCAAAGCUUUUUACAAUGCACAAUAUUUCUAUCUUUGUUAUAAUGAAGUUUGCUCUGUGUUUUGUUGCAGAUAUUAUUGUUGGGAGUGCACAUAGCAAGAGUGUGUUAGUGUUGUCUAGAGUUAUGUUGAUUGCUGUGACAGUAGGCAUGAUUGUAUUUUAUGCUCGAAAGUACCAAAUGGUACUUCAAGUCUCUCAAAUGUUGAAGAGAGAAUUUCAAGGGGAACUCAAGUUACUGGUGGUUCCCUCAAAGGACUUGUCGCACGAGAGACAAAUGGGCAUUAAACAAAUAUUGACAAACCGUCUUAACCUGUGGUGUCAGGUGAUGAAACUUAUAGCUACAGCUCUUGGGGUAUUGUGUCUCAUUCAUCUCUCUCACACAGUCUUUCUCAUAUGUUCACAUGUACCUGCCUGGGGGUGGUGGACAUUCCACAUUUUGGGAUGCCUGGUUGAGUCUCUGCUGUCCAUCUCCAUCUGUGUGGCUGCGGCACUAACUCAGCGGUAUGAUGACAAAAUAAGUUUCCUCCACAAUUUCUUGGUCCCAUCUAAUUUACUUGAAGGUCAGAAGGAAGACAUAGGCAAGGAGAGGAAUGGAAAUGCAGUAUUCCAAAGAGUUUCCUUCUCAAGUGGAACUGAGAGUACGCAAUAUACCUCUUGUUUUCCCGAGGCAGGAUCUAUAGGAUGUGAGCCAGCUUCAAGGACUCCAAAGGCAACAAGAAGAUGUGGUGUUACAGUGAAAAGAUCAGCCACAUUCAGCCAUGGACCUCAACACCAGCAGGCAUCGAGGGACACAUAUGGGCCUCCAAUAGCUCUUUCUCAAGUAAUCCGAGCAGGCUCAGCCUCUCAGAUUCCUUUGUACAGUCCGGGAUCUCAUAUAUCUAUUUAUGGCCCAAAUUUAGUCUCUCGGGUUCCCGUGUACAACCCUCACAGCAUUGCAUCGAUGCUUGUUCAUGAAGAUGGGUUUGUCAGGAUCAAAACUCAAUUAGACCCACAUCAGGCAAACCCACACUCGUAUAAUUCUCAGAACAGACUACAAGAUUCAAAUAUGCAAGGGUCUAAUCCUCAGAUUCAUGGCUCAUCUGUACAGCAACUUAAUGGUCUUGGAAGGCAGGAGAACUUUUAUCAAAGUCUUUCUCGCAGAAGAAACUCACAUACUUCAGACAUUCUUCAUAAUAACAUCGAUACUCCAGAGAGUGAUUAUCAUUCCUCUCCAAGCAGUAGGAGGAGUUAUCUAUACUCUCCAAAUCUUUCGCCACCAGUUACAGAAGGGAGAACAGAACCAGACUAUCGUUCUCUUUCUAGAACGAGAAGCUUAAGAGACCCCACUGUCCAACAUCUCAACAACAUUGACAGGCAGGGAAAUUAUUACUACAGCCUACAGAGGAAGAGGGGAAAGAGUGGUGGGCGAGACCACCAACUCCAUCAUAUGAACAAUCUGGAUCGAGCCGACAACACGUACAAUAGCCUCACAAGACGACAGGUGUCUCAGGAAGAUAACAACUACCCAAGAGAGGAGGGGGACUACCACUGUGUGCCUGCUGCUAGGAGGAGUUUACGUGCGCCAAAGCUGCCACCAUUAAAUCUACACGAGGAUCAGGGCACAAACUAUCGGCUGCCUCCACAGUGCGGCAGUCCAUCAACUCGACAUAAAAUUUCCAACUUUCCUGCAUCCCCCACUGUGUCAACCAUCCACAACACCUACCUGAGUGGUUCACCUGGGAGCUCAAGGAGAGAGGCACACUUCCCCAAGCCCUUUGUGCGCCUAGGGAGCAAUGUAAGCCUUCAGAGUGAGGACUGCUACUACACGGACUACCUCCCUAGAGGCCAUCCCGUGAGGCGCAACCACUCCUCGGCUGGAUACUUUCCCUCCAGGAAUAUGGCACCUCCAAGUCCCAGUCUGACAGAUGCCCUGAGGUAUGGAUCUCUCAGGGUCGGGGCCUCCAAGAAGCGUCAGCCUGGGUACGUACUCAAUACCAAUACCAACAAGCUGUUCGAGCAGUGCCGUGACAGGUAUCCAAGGAAUGCUGACAAAGAGGGAUAUUCAAGGGAUUUCAAAAACAGUUCUCACGAAAAUACUAACGUAAAUGGACCUUCAGGCAGAAGACCACUAGAGACCCUCAGCUCAAAACAAGAAGCAUAUGAGAGAGAGGGUCCUAGUAGACAUAGUGAGAACAGAGGGGAGGAAAGUGACAGUACUGAUCAAGAUUGGGCAUUAGAGCUAAUCAAGAGCAGCACUAUUUUGACAGACUUUUACUCCCUCGAGAACCCAGAGGAAGCAGAAGAAGACAAGAUGUCAGAGGCAGAGAAGGUGUCCGAUAACCCAGAAAAUAGAUAAUAUAAAUUGUGCAAUUCAAUGUUUUCAAAGAGUUGGCAUAGAUUCCAAACCUAAUGUCCAGACAAAAGUUUUAACUACACUUAACUGUGAAAAAAUACAUGAUAUUUUAAUAUAAAUAUAUAAAUAAAGCAGUGCGUAGUGAGGCCCUCCUGAAGUGAAUCUCUACCGAGGACCAAAAUUAUGAAGCUUAUUUUUCUGGUGAUUUUCCUGAAUAGCGUCUUUAUUUUUGGCAUACUGCAUGCACUUUGUUGUGCCCUUAGGAGCUUGGUGACCAACCCAGCUUCCCCAAAAUGGUGGUACUCAUAGCUGCUAUAUAUAUAUGGUACCUACAGGAACUAUGGAUGGUACUUAUUGCUACCUAUGGGUGAUACCUAUAGCUACUUUUGAAUGGAAUGAAUAAAAUAUGGACCAUUGUACCAAAAAAUAAGUCCGUAUUAUGCACUAUAAAAUUAUAGAGGGUAAAAACUGAAACAUCUCAACUCUUUGUCAACUUCCCUGCACACUUUUUGUACCAAAGCAAUUUCUAUUACUUGUAUAUUCUAAUCAAUUAUAUUUCCUAGUCAGUAAAACAUUGUAUUAGUUA